AUGUCGCGCUCACGAGAAAAGGUUUCCAAACUCGAGGCCCUUGCGGAGCUCAAACGCGCACGCGCUGGCGGUAAACGUAUCCUCAAGGAAGAAGAUGACCAAAUCUACGACGAGAUCAGCGAGGACGAGUACCGCAACAUCGUCAAGGGUCGACUGCAAAGAGAUGACUUUGUGAUUGAAGACGGUGAAGGCAGCUCGGGUUAUGUCGACAACGGCGAGGACGAUUGGCUCGACACGAGGGAUGCGUCCGAUGAGGAUUCAGACCGCGGAAAGCGCAAGACUUCCAAAAAGAAUGGGAAGGCGAAGACCAUGAAACCCAAGGAAAAAGCAAAACCAGCACCACCACCAGUUGCACCGUCCAUCAACGCCUAUCGACCUCAAGUUUCUGUUGAACAGGAACAGGACUUUAUGGCUGGUCUCCUUGGACAAUUAGACAAAACUCCAGCUCCUAGGGUUGCGUCUGCAGCGCGAAAGCGCAAAACCUCACCCCAAUUUUCCUCCGACAUCGAUUCAUCGCCCAUCAGAAGCUCACAUAUUCCUAGCGACGAUUAUUUCAUGAGCCCGAAGAAGCGCCCUCGAGUCCACGAUGCCGGAAUGACCCCUACUAUCGAGCGAAUGGCAGAUUUGGACGUCCAUACCAGCUCAGAUGGAGCUGAGUCGUCAAACGAAGUCAAUUACGACGACUUCUUCGAUGAUGACUUGAUGAUGGUGGAUGAAGAAGUCAAGCCCGUCAAGCAAGAGCCAGAAGAACUGCAACUACCCAAGAAAACAGCUAGGGCUCCCGCGCCGGUGGCUUCCACCAGCAAGCAAGAAGAACCCGACGUCAAACCCGCCUGGCUAUCCGUGUACGACACCCUCGCUGUCUCGAAGGACAAUGAAACGCUCGGUUCGGCAGAGCGCCCAGCUAUUAAAGGAACCAGCAUCGGCGCUCUCGAGCCCGACGGCUCUCUGCGCUUCUUCUGGAUUGACUACCUCGAACACGAAGGACGGCUCUACCUCGUCGGCAAACUGAAAGACAAGAAGAGCGAUACCUGGGUGUCGUGCUGUGUCACCAUCGAUGGCCUUGAACGUAACCUGUACGCGUUACCUCGCGAGAAGCGGAUCGACUUCGAUGAAGACACCGGUGAGGUUACGGAGACGGACGAGAUUCCUACCGACGAAGAUGUGCUCGAUGACUUUGAGCAAUUGCGGCAGAACAUGAAGAUAAAGUCGUACAAGACUAGAUUCGUUAAGAGGAAUUACGCAUUCGGGGAGAAGGAUGUCCCUCGAGGCGAGAGCCGGUGGUUGAAGAUCGUGUACCCAUUCACUCAACCCCAGAUCCCCAUGGGAGUCUGGAGCCCCAACAUCUCCCACAUCUUUGGCACCAACACAAGUGCGUUCGAGAUCUUCGUCUUAAAGAGGAAGAUCAUGGGCCCCUGUUGGUUGGAGAUAAAGAACCCUGUUGUCGAAUUCAAAGGGGUGUCAUGGUGCCGCUUCGAGGCUUCAGUCGCUGACCCGAAAGAUGUCUCUCCCAUGUCGGAGUCGCUCGACCAGGCCAAGGAAGUUCCUCCCUUCACUGUUAUGAGCUUGAGUGUCCGAACCGUCGUCAACCAUCACGAGAAUAAGCGCGAGGUGGUCUGCGCCUCUACACGGACUUGGCACAACAUCUCUAUCGACGAUGGUACCCCGCCCGAACAGCUACCAUGUUCCGUUCAAACCUUCAUUCGAGCUCUCGACCGGUUCCCUCCAAAUUUUGAGUCAGAAACGAAGAAGAAAACGCGGGGCCAGAUUCUCCCCACGCAGAACGAGCGAAUGCUCCUCAGCCUUCUCCUUGUUCGCCUCAUCGCUGACGACUGCGUAGCUGCUAUUAACAAGUCGGAUCCCGACAUUAUCAUCGGUCAUGAGUUUCUCGGCGUAUCGCUCGAUGUCCUGCUUCAUCGAAUGAAGGACCUCAAAGUUGACCACUGGUCGCGCCUGGGGAGAUUCAGACGUUCUAAAUGGCCUAAUAUCGGGAAGCAGGGUACCAACGUCCGUUUCCUGAAUGGUCGUCUCACAUGCGAUCUCGCUAGCGACGCGGCGAAGAGCAUGAUCUCCUCCACAACCUGGUCGCUCACCGAGAUGUGCUCUACGCAUCUUGGCUUAGAGCGACAAGAUAUCGACCCGGACGAUACCGCCAAUUACCUCGACGGAAGUCUGAGUGGACCUGGAAAGAUGAUGACCUUCGUUCAACAUUGCGAGAUGGACGCACAUUACCAGAUGGCUAUCGCUACCAAGGUCCAGAUCCUACCCCUCACCCGCCAGCUCACCAACCUCGCUGGUAACGCCUGGAACAAAACCCUCAACGGUGGUCGAGCAGAGCGUAAUGAAUAUAUUCUGCUGCACGAGUUCCACCGACUUAAAUAUAUCUGUCCUGACAAGACCUACGGCAAGAAAACGGUACCGAAGGAAACAGCAGACGAGGAAGGAGACGCCCCUAAAUCUAAGGCCAAACGCGACAAGUACAAGGGCGGUUUGGUCUUUGAACCCAAGCGAGGGUUGUGGGAUAGCUACAUCCUAGUCAUGGACUUCAACUCGCUAUAUCCCUCCAUCAUUCAGGAGUACAACAUCGAUUUUACGACUGUUGAUCCUCCUGAGGUUGACGAGAACGGCGAAGAGAAGAUCCCCGACCCACCCUCAGACAAGGACAAGGGCGUGCUUCCACGACUUAUUGCCACCCUCGUCAACCGUCGUCGACAGGUCAAGUCGUUGAUGAAGGAUAGGACUGCGACGCCCGCCAAGCUCCUCCAGUAUGACAUCAAGCAGCAGGCCCUGAAGCUGACCGCCAAUAGUAUGUAUGGGUGCCUUGGCUUCGAGUACUCACGGUUCUAUGCUCGGCCACUGGCUGCGCUGACGACCUUCAAGGGUCGAGAGAUUCUGACCCGGACCAGAGAGCUAGCUGAAAGCCUCAACCUAGAUGUCAUCUACGGUGAUACCGACUCGGUCUUCGUCAACUCUGGCGUCAACGAUUUCGCCGAAGCUUUGAAGACUUCGGCGAUCUUCAAGAAGGCUGUCAACGACCAAUACAAUCUCCUUGAGAUUGACUUGGACUGCGUGUUCCAGCGGCUAUUGUUGCUGCAGAAGAAGAAGUAUGCGGCGUUGAAGGUCGAGGAUGGUAGUCGGACGAGUGUGGAGGUCAAGGGGUUGGAUAUGAAGAGGCGAGAGUAUUGCGCACUCUCGAAGGAAGUUUCCCAAUAUGUCCUGGCAAGGAUCUUGUCAGGUGAUAGCACCGAAGAUGUUGUCGAGACUAUCCACGAGUACCUGGGCACGAUGUCGCAGAACGUUCGGAGCGGCCAGGUCAAACUGGAGGACUUCAUCGUCUUCAAGCGCCUGGGCAAAAAUCCUGAAGACUACCCCGACGCCAAAUCCCAACCUCACGUCCAGGUGGCGCUGAGGAUGAAAGCCAAAGGACAAUCGGCCCGUAGUGGAGAUGUUAUCCCCUACAUAUUCUGUCUGGGAGAGGGCGAAGAGAGUGCGAGGACUACGCAAGCCGAUCGGGCGAGGCAUCCUGACGAGGUUAGGAGGGGCGCUGGAGUGGUCAAAAUCGACUAUGAAUGGUACCUUGCUCACCAAGUCUUGCCUCCGAUCGAGCGUCUUUGCGAUGCGAUUGAGGGGACUGACAGGGCACGGUUGGCCGAAUGUCUUGGACUUGAUCCCAACCGCUAUCGAACGACGACCGCCUCCGACGAGAAGUUCUUCAUGUCUUUGGACUCGCAGACGUCGGACGCAGAGCGUUUCAAGGACGCUGAUCCGUUCGAAGUUCGGUGCAAGUCUUGUCAAGGCAAGACCAAGUUCCCGCUCUUGCAUGAUCGAACUAUUCCAUUGGUUCGCGCAUCUGGGGUAACGUGUUUGUCAUGCGACAAACCCAUCGCCGGAGUCAACCUUCAGCUCCAACUGGAAGUCCAAAUACGAGCACAUAUCUCGAAGUACUACGAAGGAUGGACGGUGUGCGAUGAGCAGACGUGCAAGAACAGGACGCGUGCCAUGGGUGUAUACGGAAAACGUUGUCUGAAACCCGGAUGCAGAGGGAGGGUCUCGUUCGAAUAUUCGGAUACCAAACUCUAUAACCAACUACGGUACUACAAAUACCUCUUCGAUCGGGAGAAGGCUUUGAAAGCUGCCCGAGGGACUGGCUCUGAAGAGGAAGUCCUAGCUGUCGUAGGAAGUCAAGCUACCCUUCUCAACAACCUCAGCGAUGUCGUCGAGAAGUAUCUCAAUCAGUGCGGAAGGAGAUGGGUUGAUCUCAACUCGAUCUUCUCGGUGCUGAAGCUUGCAUAA